CUUCAAUUAAAAUAGACGCGACAGCUUCAACCUCCUAGCUCACUCUUGCGCAUCGCCCUGCGAAUACGAAUGUUCGUACCUGCGCAUGCCAACUAGUCAAAUUCGACUCAGAUAGCAGGCACAGCUUCAUAUAGACGCACAUCGGAAUUUAUGCCUAUAUAUGUGCCGUCAAUUGCUGGUUCUAUUUCUCUUUACUCCCGAAGGAGAGGCCGCAGCGAUAUCUUAGGAACCUGUCCCUUCGUCGUCCUCUGUCCAGUAUAUGCAAGGCCAGUCGUGGCUGGCACCGCCCAAUUCCCUAAAACACAUUUAUCGCAAAUAACAACAACGAACGAUCGAGGAAAGGCACCGUCUGGAGCCUAGCGGGGUCGCGACCCCUAGCUUGGAGAGCGUGGUCUGUUUGUCUUGAGUACGAGAAGUCGUCACAAUGGAGGACGAUGACAGAGAAUCCAACGCAAGCUCGGACAAUGAACAGGACGAGGUGAUGGAGGACGCCGUCGAGGAGCCCGAGGCCGAAGACAACGAUGGGGAAGACGAAGAAGAUAAUGAAAACGAGAAUGAUGACGAGGAAGAAGAUGACGGCGAGAACGAAGAUCAAGAUGUCGUGCAAGACAAGUCCAGUAACGAUAAGACCGUCACCGGCAAGGAGAUCAGCGCCGGCGCCGGCGGCGAUGGAGGAGAUGGCGCCUCGUCGGCGAGCCAAAAACGGCCAGGCAGCAGUGGCAGCAAUACCAACGAUGGCAGCAAGGACGACCGUGCAGCAGGCAAAGCACCAGAGACAGACGCCGCGCGGGAAAAGACACCGGCGACGCCAAUCAAGCCGGGGUGGCGGCCCAAGAUAGACCCGACGCGCAUCUCGGCACGGCUCUACGACAUCGUGCCCACCAUGGCAGCUCCGCAGGCAACGAGUAUUAAUGCAUUCGCUGCGACACCCGACCAGCGCUUCUGGGUGACUGGAGGAUCGGACGGAUACGUGCGAAAGUACGAUGCUCAGGGCACCAUAAACGGCAAGCUGCCGUUGACGGUAGCACAGCGCCACCCAUUUGUCGACUCUGUGGUCAAGGCCGGCAUUCUGAUGAGCUACUGGGAAAAUGAAGAGGUUUCAGGGCCCAGUGGUGGUAGUGGCAGUACCAGUGUUGGAGUCGGAGGAGUCGGGAGUAGCAGCGGGGCCUUGGCCUUUGGGGUCGGCGCGGCUACCCACGAUCACGUCCUCAGCCCCGUGUACAGUAUUGCGGUGCAGGCUCAGGGGCUUUGGGUACUGUCAGGGACAGAAGGCGGCGGCAUCAACCUGUCAAGUGGGCGCCACGAGGAAGGCAAGCGUAUUGCGUGCUUACACAAGCACAGUAGCGCUGUCAGCGUGCUGACCAUGUUGCCGGACGAGAAGACGGUGCUGAGUGGUAGUUGGGACAAGACAGUGGCCGACUGGGACCUUAACAAUGGUCAGGUCCGGCGCACCUUUGUUGGCAGCGGCAGCCAGAUCUCGGUCGUGGAGCUCAGGCCGCUCUGUGGUGCGCCCGUGCCGUCCCUAGGGGCCAUGUUUGACGAAGAAACCAACGGCGAUGUCAAGGGCGUGUGGUCCACCAUGAGCGGCAACAACGACGCCAAGUUCCGCAACGGGUCAUUGAGCAACGGCGUAAACCAAGGUAACCCGGGUGCUAGUGGCACCGGGACUAAUGGCGCGGCGGGCGCCAGCGGUACUGGUUCUGGUGCUGGCGGUGACGGCGGGGUAGGAACUGCGUUUGCACAGACGGCAUCACCAGCACAUGAGAGUCUUUUCGGCAGCCCGGCUGGGUCCUUGUUUGGCGACGACACCAUUGGCGGCAAUGGUAACGUGUUUGGUGACGAUGACGACGACUUCAAUACUCACACCAUGGACAUGGACCUUAAUGGGGGAGGCGAAUCAGGUCACAACGGUGCUGUCGCUGCUGGUGCCAGUGCGGAUGAUAUAGCCAUGGGUGGCACUGAUGAGGGGCACGCUAAAGACACCCUCGGUGAUACUGGCAACGAUGGAGCCUCAACUGCACAACCUCCUGCCGCCACCGCUGCUGCUUCAGGAGAUGACGCGGCUGGAGCAUCCCAGACAACAACCUCGUCGAGCACACAACUGCCACCAUCUACAGCACCGCCGACAGCGUCCGCCAUAGCAACCUCGUCAACUACCGAAACCGACAUCAAGAAAGAGCCAGCCUUGUCGUCCGAACCAGCCAUGCCUGCCGCUACCUCUACUACUGAGAACAACAUAGACCAACCGAAUAUUGUCUUCAACUCUGCUGCCCCGGCACACGCCGACCCUACCCAGAUGUCUGACCAGGUCUUCCUAUCGGCCUCGAUCGACGGCACGCUGCGCAUCUGGGAUCGACGUGUACCUCGGGAUCCCGUGGCCCGCAUCAGCACCCGCCCGGGAGUUCCGCCUUGGUGCAUGGGGGCAUGCUGGAGCCCCGAUGGCAACUGGAUCUACGCUGGUCGCCGUAAUGGCACCGUCGAGGAGUACAGUAUUCACAAGGCCAGGUCGGGCUGGGCCCCUGAGCGCGCUCUAAAGCUUCCGGCUGGAAGUGGUGCCGUAAGCGCCGUAAGGGCCAUGCCGAAUGGGAGGCAUCUUGUUGUUGCAUCUCAUGACAUUCUGCGUCUCUACGACCUCCGCGACAGCUCCGCCUUCAAAGGUUCAUCGGUUCCUUUCCUCAUCGUACCGGGUCCGCCCCGGGCAGGUGUCAUUGCACAACUAUACAUUGACCCGUCAGCCCGCUUCAUGGUUUCGAUUGCGGGCACGCGCGGCUGGGACGGUACUUCGACCGAAUGCCUGGUAGGUUACGAGAUCAACGUCGCCGAAUAGAAGCUGGGCAGCCUGGCCGUGGCUGCAUCGACAUUGAGUGGUGUGAUCAAGAGGGUUUCAUGACUCUGUUUGGCUGUCAGAGUAUCAGUCGUUUCUUUUUGACAUGCUUCUUGUAUACCCUUGGUUCCAUGUGUGUUUUUUUCUUCUUGUAUUUCUGUGCUCAAUUGGUUCCUGAGCGUGGAUUUAUAGUAUAGCACUCGGGUUUGGGGUUGCUAAAAACGUUCUUUCAUCCAUCAGUUACUGUACGUGUAGCCGGGCAUUUUCGCCCAUGUAGGGGAUAAAAUUGGGGGUAUACAAGCUGUGUUUUACAUAAAGAUUGAACACCAGGCUUUCUGCGGCAUCACAUGCUUGUUGCCUGCUGCCGUUUACAGUAGCGUUUGGCUAUAGCUAUAUUUUGAGAAGACUACUGGAACAAGAUAAUACUGUCCUCAUCUCCUCCUGCUUGUUGGAUAGGGCUCUCUGUCGAAGUCCAGGCGUCAAGUUGAGUCAGAAGAGACAUUUGUUUGGUUGGUCAAUUUGCAAUUAAACACCUAAG